AAGGUGACUUCUCCUUUUCUUUUUUCCGUUUAUGUUUUUUACUUCAAUUCUUUGAUGCUGUGGAUGUUUCUUUUUCUGCACUUAUCUUGCGGAAACUAUUCUUAGGGUUUUUUAGUGCUACGGGGUUAAGUUGAAGGCCAUGGACACUUCAAACCCCGCUGUGUUUGUAAAUGGCGAGUUGCUUCCAAAGUUCAUAGGAAAGAAAGUACGAACGGUGGUUCAGGUGAAUAAAUGUGAUGGUGUGGUCACUGCAGCAAAAUCCACAGAUGAUCAAGAACUAACUGUGAAUGGUUUGCCACAAGUCCCUCUUAUGAAUUUUGUUGAAGUAAUUGGUAUUGCGGAAACUAAUCACUCCAUCAAUGCUGAAAUCUGGACUGACUUUGGCGCCACUUUUGAUACCAAUUCUUACAAUCAGUUAUGCCAACUAGCAAAUGGAGAAUUCAGAAAUCUGUUUCUCUAGGGACCUGACCUUACCGAAUGUUUGAUCAGGAAUUGAACGGUAUGGAAUUGCAGCCUUCAUUCUUGGGUGUUAGGAACUUAGGGUGUAAAUGUAUGAUCAAAAGCAAUGACUAGAAUGCAUGUUUAUUCAGAGGAGCAGGCAGAGCAUGUGCUCUGUAUAAACUCUCUUUUCUCUUGGAGAUACUCGUAUCUGAUUAUCUCUAAUUUAUUUCUGGUUUGGUUUGGUUUAUAAUUAUAUACGGGCCUACAAUGCUUACCUAAGUUUAUAUAUGCACGUUACCUCUAAUGUUAUAUUUAGCUUGGUCUAUAUACAGUAUAAAAGUGUUGUCCCUUAAUUAUAUAUUUGGUGGCUAUCUUCGUUAUCA